AUGACUAUUACUGCCAUCGUUCAUAUUGUGGCCAUCAUGGCCACCAUGGAGGAGACGUCUACCUCCCUUCCCACUCCUACGUCCACCCCCACCUCCACCGAACCUGCCACCUCUCCUGUCGAGGCCAGAGCCUCCAGGAAGGGUUUUUCCUGGUGGCCUGUCAUGGAGGGUUUCAUAGAGGAGCAGCUGGCCAUAGAAGAUGCUGCUGCAGGGGUCCCAGACCUGCUCCUCACCUCCACAACCUCGACCACCACCACCGCUGUUAUCACGACUUCCACCACUACCAGCGUCCCGAGGGACAAGGCUGGAAGCGAGCUUCGAGGAGGAAGCUCAGGGGCCUCUUCAAGUGGCGCCGCAGCUCCAACUCUGUCGGUGCUGGUGGUGAUUAUAAUUACGUUCUUUAUGUAA